AUGGCUUAUGAAGUAACUUUACAUAAUAUUAGUAGUAAUCCAAAAGCAUAUAUAGGUCUCAAUGAAGAAUGGUACAAGUGUAAUUUAAUUAAAUUAAUAAAUUCUCAUUUAGAACUUGAAGAGAGAAGUAUAUUUAUAACUUUAAUGAAAAUAAAAUUAAACGAUUCAUUUAGAAGAUUAGGAGAUAUGUUUGGGAUAUCUGAAAAAAAAUUAAUAAAAGAACUUUUACCUGUUCCUUUUCGUUAUCGUUAUUCAUCUGUUCAAUCUAUUAUAGACUGUUUGGAAAUAGAAAUACCAAAACCUUCAGAUCCUAUUAAACAAGCGCUAACAUGGUCAGAUUAUAAAAAAUGUAACACUUUAAAAUAUCUUAUAUCUUCAACUCCAGAUGGAUUUAUUAAUUUUAUAUCAGUAGGAUUUAAUGGUAGAUACCGUGGUUUUAAAUGUAUUGAUGUGUUGUUGAAUAAAAUCAAUUGUGUUCUCAUAAGGCCUCCUAGUGUUUCACAAAAAUCUAAGUCAACAAAAGAUGAUGUUUUAGAAACUAAACGUAUUGCUAGCCUUCGUAUUCAUAUAGAACGUGUAAUAGGACGAUUGAGAGAAUUUGAAAUGUUGAAACCCCAUGCACUUGUUAACUGUCAAUUAUUAUGUAAUACUGAUGAAAUUAUAACUAUUGCAUGUGGGUUGAUAAAUCUUCAGCAACCAAUUAUAAAACAAUAA